AUGCAGGCUGGAACAACAGCCAACCGCUCACCAUCUAAUCAUAGAACGGUUGGGUUGGAAGGGACCUUACAGCCCACCAAGUUCCAACUCCAUGCUGUGGGCUGGAUGCCCCCCACCAGGUCAGACUCCCAGGGCCCCAUCCAGCCCGGCCCUGAGCACCUGCAGGGAUGGGACAGCCACACUUCUAUGGGCAGCAACGUCAGGGCUGAGGUGCAGUCUCACCAGAGCCGAGUACAAGCGAUGGUCAUAUCAAGACGCACGAGGCCAAGCGCACUGCAGGGCGGCAGAGGCAAUGACAGCGCAGCUCCAUCUCCAGCCGCUGCCCUGCCCUUGGCUCGCCCCGGCUCUCGCCCAGGUGCCACUCCUCAGCCGGGGUUCCCCCCGCCCAGCACUCGCUCCCUCCCCGCCCUCCCUCCCACGGAGCUCUGUGCUCACAGCUGUGCAGCCCCAGCCAUGGCAGCGGGUGGGUGCCGCUGGCGCAGCUGCCUGGAGGUGGUCGCGUCCCGCCAGGGGCAGCGGGUGCAGCAUUUCCAGCAAGCCGAGGACAUCCUGCUGACCUUGCUGGAGCACGUCCACGCCGAAGAGCCCCGCUUCCUGGUGGACUACUCCAGGAACCUGGAAGCCUUCGAGUUUGUGCUGUGCGCCUCCGAGGAUGCCGUCGUGGUGGAGGUGCCGCUGCGCAUCGAUGGGGAUGCCCUGCAGGUGCGGCCGUGCCAGCCCACGGACACCGGGAGCAUGGGACACGGGCACCUGGGUGCCUGCAGCCUCGAGGUGCCCCCUGCAGUGACUGGAGUGGGGGACUGGACCAGCAUGGGCACCACGGGUGGGAUGGAGCAGGUACGGUGCCUGGCACCGGGCAAAGUCCUGCAGCGCCUGAAAGAGCUCCUUGUGUCAGCCAUUGUGCAGUGCCAGCGCUGCUCCCUCCUGAAGCCAGGUGACCUCAGUGCUGAAAAUCUGAAGGAAGAUGCCAUGGAGCUGUCCCUGUUGGUGCGUGGUGGCUGGAGAACCAUCCGCUUUGAUGUGGUCCCGGUGGUCAGGAGGCUGCAGGAGACCCCAGGGCUGGAUGGGAGGCAGCACGACCGCGGCUUCCCCGAGGGCACCAUCCAAAAGGCCACCAGCGAUGCUCACUUUGUCCCAGCCUCCAAACACUGCUGGAGGCUCUCUACCCACCUCCCCAUCCUGAAGCUUCUCUGGGCCGUGGACACACUGCAAGGACCCCGGCUAGACAGCAUGCGCCUGCUGGAGCAGCUCCGCAGCCAAGACUGGAGGGAGGAGGACGGGAGGGAUGGUCUCACCUUCAACCACCUGAAGAUGGUGCUGCUGUGGAGCACGGAGCUGUUUCCCUCUCCUGAGGAUUGGCAGGACCUGGAGGGCUCUGUCUACAGGCUGCUGGUGGUCCUCCUGCGCUGCCUGGCCACACAGCGCCUGCCCCACUUCCUGCACCCGGAGCAGAACCUUUUCCAGGGGGAUCCACACCACCUGGCCUCGCUCUACCCCAAGGUGGAGGCCUUUGCAUGGGACCCUGCACGCUUCCUCCGCUUCCACUUUGGCCUCCCGACGCGUGCCGAUGGCGUGCAGGCAGACCCAGCCCUCCGAGCCCUCCUGCAGCUCCCUGCCAAGGAUGGGGCAUACUGGGACACGGCCUAUUUUGACAUCCUGCUCAGCCAGCUGCAGGUGUACCGCAUCCAGGAUGCCACGCGCUGCUCAGCCAUGUCCCAGCUCCUCACCAAGCUCCGCAGAGACAUCCCACUGCAGGGCUGA